AUGCAAACCAAGGCUACAUGGACAAUCUUCGCCAUCACACUACCCCUAGUUGACGUCGAGACGUUCAUGGCAUAUAAGUUGAAACCAAUUCAGUUUCGCACCUCAGAGAAUCAACUGAAACAAGUCACCAGCAAGGCGGAGUUCCGUGUCAUCAUCGACUAUCGAAAUCGGUAUUUCAUGCUAAACAUGCAACAAAUGGCAAAAUGCCAUCGCAUGAAUAGCAAUGUCUUGGUAUGCCCAAAGCAGCAAAUGACAUUUACUGCGGAAGCCCAAAUAUGGAAAUGCGAACUCAACCUUUUUCUAAACCAAAGUGGAACCCAAUGUUCACUGGAAGAAACAACAAAUACAUCUACCUGGAUUCAGUUACAUGUCCCAAACGCCUGGAUUUUCUCCACAAAGGAGCCGGCCAACGUAACAGCAGUCUGCGAUACCCAUAAAGAAAACCUAGUCCUACACGACACCGCGAUACUGAAAAUCGAUCCUACUUGUUUCCUAAAGGGCACCCAAUACUCACUGGCCGCUCCUCCCACGGUGAGAUCCCAAAUGCUGGAAGCAUACCCAGCAUUUGGCAAUGUACAAUUGGACAAACCUGAAAGUCAAGAAAUUAUUAGUACGCAAGAAAACUCAGAAGUACUCAACACCGACCAGUUUACCGAGCUCCACAACAACUACAACUAA